CAUGGGCGUGUUCCUGUUGUUAGGCCUUGCAUUUGUUUGACACCUUUCAAUUUGACGUGCCCCAUGGACACUACCGUUCAUGUCAUUUAGCCCGUCCUAGAUUUCUCACGAUCCUUUUAAGCCCUCCGGAAGUCAAACAAAAGAUGGCGAAUAAAAUUCAAGAUGUUGAAAUGUCAUCCCGAUUGCGCAAUCAGCGAAUCCGCAAAGCCAACGGACUGGUGACCAACAUAACACUGGACGAAACUCUACGGCCGCUGUGGAAACUGACCCACUACUCGGGGAUUUUGCUGGACUGGUGUUUUCCCAUUUCCAAGAACAAUCCUCGUCGUAUUUGUAAAUUCCUGCGAUACUUUUCAAUCGCCCUUUCGUUCUCUCUGCUCGUGGCCGUCACCUCGUUCCAACUGAUGCAGUUGCUUUUGGGAAUCGAGAAAGCGCCAAACAUUCACGCCAUUAUACCGAACAUGUUGUGGUUUAUCCCAAUUGUGUUGGGUAUCGUCAUCCAGGUGCAUUGCCUUCGUCUGCGGAGGAAAUUUCUCGGCUUUUUCAAAGAUUGGCGGCAAUUAGAAAUCGAAAUCGUCCACCUAAAUCCAAAUUGCAUCAUGUGCGAGUCAAGGAAAAUGCAUUUGAUGAUGUACGCCAUCUACGCUGUCAUAACUAUAGCUUCCGUUAUCGCAUUGGGAAUAGAUAUUUCUAAUAACCCGGAAUCAUCGUAUCUCAUCUCCACGUAUCCCGCCGUUCGUCAAGUAGUGCCUUUGAUCGUCAUUGGCUCAGUUCAUUUAACGUCGAUUGUGCUGACCUGGAUCUUUGCGUCACUGGGUGAUUUCAUUCCUUCGUUUACUUAUUAUCACACUUCUCUCGCCGUCAGCUGUUUAGAAAAUGACGUCAGGGCUCUUUUUGAUAAGGGAAAAGACGCUGAUGAUUUGUUUAUUCGAUCUAGACUUUCCUUAUUAGCCGGCAAAUUAGAUCCUUUGAAAAAAUCCCUUUCGACUGAACUGUCAACUUGGCAACUUGACGUUUCGAUUCUUCGAAUCUGGACACGUUUCGAAAAAAUUGGUAAAAUGGUCAGUCGAGCCGAUUUUCUUUUCGGUUCUUUCAUGGUCUACAGUCAAGCUGGGGCUAUAUUUUUCAUAACAGCGCUUCUUUAUUCGGUACUUUACAAUUUGGGAGAUGCCUUGAGGAUGCGAUCCGUUGGCCCAGUUCUCUCCUACAGUCUCAAUUUGUUAGCUAUCCUUUUUCGUUUCUUUUCUACUAUGCUAAUAUCUUCGCAGCUCCAUCGGUCGGUCGGUAAGUUUCGAACAGCUUUGAAUGAUUUGCUGAGCCAAAAUUGGAAUCGAAUGAACAAAGGAGAUCGUGACUUGCUUCGAUCUUUUCUGUGGAGACUUCAGGCUGAUCCGUUGGUUGCCCAUCCUCUAGGCGUCUAUAAGGUGACACCGUCCGUUUUGCUAAGUGUUUUCGGCGUUAUAAUCAGUUAUGUCAUUGUAUUACUUCAGUCGAAAUAGCUUCGACCCCCUUUGUGCGUUUUUGUAGGCAAUUUAGAAUUCAUUUUCAAACUUGGCAAAUUGUUGCUUGAUGUUUUAUUUAGUUUCGUGACACUUUCACUAGUUUUAUUUGAAGCCAUUAACGUAAUGCGUUAUCGAGAAGACACUUGCCAAGUCAUCGAUGCUAGUCAGGUGUGUGAGUUGUUUGCGUUCUACUCACGUUUGUACUGCACGCACAUUUAAUUUGAGCAUUCAAAUGAGUUGAUAGGGUACGACAGGAAAUUAAAUGGGUCGAAAAAAUGGGAGUAAUGCACUUAGCAUUAUUGUGACUUUUUAUUUUUUAGGCCGUUAUUUAGUCAAUCUAUAAUAUUGAACGUGUAUAAGAGCGACAGUCGCGCGAAACAUGUUGCGACAGUUAGUUGACAAGGUGCUGGACUCUUUCAAAGACGAGACCAUCAACUUCGAAAAAUGUUACCGUCCCGUUUUGAUCGCCAUGAACGUGUGUGGCAUUCCAUUGGGAAUGAAGAACACAGACGAACCAACAACUUUACCCGUUUGGAUGGUUUACAUCUUCGGCUGGAUUCUAUACUGCUUAAAUAUCGUAUCCGGAUUGAUGUUAAUUUCGAUAGAGAAAAGAGAAAAAAGUCCAUUCUUUACAAAUAAUCGCACUACGGCUUGGCAAUGGAAUUAUGGAAUAACUACGUACAACAGUGUCUUUUCCUCGAUAGCAGCUCACACGGUCCUCCUGGCCAUUACGACAGUUCGCUGGAAACAUCUUGCUCGCAUUUUCCAUCGCAUGGAUCGAAUUAAUCAAUUCGGAUUGAAAGAUUUUGAAGCCUUUCGCGCCAUUUUCCGAUCAGGACUCGUUUUCGCCAUCAUUAGCUAUCUGGCAAUUGGUUUUCAAUCGAUUUCCGCCUUCUUUAUGGCUGAUGUCGAUGUGUGGAAAAUGGUGAUUUACUCGUUUCAACGGGGUUUCAUUAUCGUUAUUUUGCUGGCCGGCGUGUUAUUUUUCUGCUUCGGACGGAUGGCCUCUACUAUGCUUCAGAUUCUUGGCCAAGAAAUGACGAAAUUCAUUUCAAGUGAUGACCAGCAAUCUUUUGAAAACAUCGAUGUUGUCAUAGCUAAAUGGAAUCGCCACUAUUUCAUGGCCAUUGAUUUUGUCCAUCAGUUUAACCGCUGCUUUGGUUGUUUGUUACUUGUCCUAAUUGCACCGAUUUUCAUUCGAGUAAUCAGCACUUCAUUCUUUCUGAUGAUUGAAUUAAAAGACGGCCAGUGGACGGCGGCCGUUACUCUGAAUUUGAUUGUAUUGCUAGUUCAUUUUGUGGCUUUCAUAUUUGCGGCAAAUAUUCCACACAGAAUACGUCAAGAGGCUAUUGAUUUAACCAAGAAGCUGCGCAGAUUUCAACUUAAAGAUUUUACCCAUCAGAAUCAGGUUAAUGUGCUCAUGAUGGAAAUAUCAAAUUCUUUGCCGAAAAUCACUGCAGCGGGAUUCUUCGACAUCGAUCUCCAGCUUAUUCCAACGCUUAUUGGAACAACGCUGACGUAUCUCAUAAUUCUUUUCCAAUUUCAAACGUCAGAGAACACUUGAAUUUCUUUCUUGAUUGCAUUAUCCGAUAAACACCGGAUGAACCGCUGAGAAUCGAUGCUUCUUUUCUUGUUCAAUUUGCUUAAAGUCAUGAUAAAAUUUUUCUAGUUAGUCUUAACACUGAGACUUUAGUCAAUCAACACGCUUUGUCAAUAUUCCUAGUUAAUUAAAUAUUCAAUUCUUCCUAAUUUGUAAGCGUUUUAAUCGAAUAAUUUAGGCGGGCCCCCAUUUUGUUCUACACGUCUAUCAAUCAAACGUAUUGUAUUGGGUACAACUCAUUUAACUAUUUUCCCCAUUAUCAGAGAUCAAUAAAUUGCUUAAUCAACUGCAUUCUUAUUACACUUGUAUAAGAGCGCCAGUUUUGUGUCGUUGAUGCAUUCGUCCUUUGGCUCUGGUGCCAAAAUCAUCCAAAAUGAGUUUUCAGUGGAGCCUUCAGCCCAUGAUAAAGUGGAUGCAUUUCAUUGGCGUUUACUUGGAGUCACCUGGAAAUGACAAUUCUUCUGGGUUUCGUUUCUUUGUUACUGCUUAUGGUUUCAUCCUCUUUUUUGUUAACGUCUUAAGUAACGGAAUGAUGGCUGCCAAGUUCUUACAGGGUUUUGAUAAUAUCUCCCAUCAAACAACUUCUUCUGUUCUUUGGAAUGCUGUCGUCUCUCAAACGAAUUAUAUCUUGGUGACAAUCGGAUGUCAGUUAAGUUUGAUUUCUGGCGCCGUCUCCACAUGGCCCGGUUUGAUUCACAUUCUCCGUGAAAUGGAAAAAGAACGUUACUUUGCUGCAAAAGACUUCCAUCAUUUCCGUCGCAUUUACCUGUCAGGACUCGGUUUUCUUAUCGCGGUUAUCCUUGCCAUCAUUGGAAUUUCUGUGACUAUUAUUAUGUCAUCGCAAGAUCUAGCAAUAGUGGACAAACUGUUUCAAAUGUUCUUUACAUUCCUAUUAAUGUUCGUGUUCAGUGGCGGAGCUUUGUUUUCUUGCUUUGGGUGGAUGGUGGCCAGCAUGUUGGAAAUCCUAGCUGAGCGUGUCAAUAUGGAGCAAAGUAACUCUAAUUGCAGUGGUUGUGAUUGGGAAAAGAUGUUUGUUAGAUGGAGACAUCUGUACUUGAAGAUUUCGCGACUAGUGGACAAGAUGAAUGAAUGUUAUGGUUUUCUUCUUCUGUUUUUAAUUACAAGUAGUUUCGUCGUGACGAUUAAUUCUUCAUUCAUAAUUAUGCGUGACGUCAACGAGGAGGGCAUCGACUACAAUUGCGUCGUCCAUUCAUUCUUUUUGAUUAUCCAAUUUUCCCACUUUGCUGUUUUGGCUUACGUUCCCCAUCGUAUCCGAGAAUCAGCAAUCUAUUUGAGUAAACAAUUACGAGAACUUAAAAUCGGUAACGAGGCGAGGCAAAACAAGGUGAAUUUCUUUAUUUUGGACGUAUUGAACUCGCUACCUCAAAUCACGGCACUCGGCUUAUUUGAUGUUAAUCUUCGCCUGGCCCCAACGAUAGUUGGUACGACCUUGACGUAUUUGGUCAUUUUGUGCCAAUUGCAUUAUUCCGCGAAAUAAAAGACCUGGGGUGGAAUUGGAGGUGGGGCUUAAAAGAAAACAAAAAUGGCCGCCCUAGUUUGCGAACCAAUCCCCCUCCUUUUCUUUGUCAGUGAUUUUAUUCCCCCUUUUCUUUUGGUGGGAUUUUUGCAGUGCAGUACUUACCUUUCUUGUGCCAACAUGUGUCUCCUUUCUCGUGAUUCAAUUAAUUGUUAUCACUGUGUAUUAUUAUGACGGAACACUAAAGCCAAGAAUUAGCUUUGCUGAAAUGGAAAC